AUGGCGGCGGCGGCGGCUGGCGGGUGGCGCUGGGCGGCGGGGGCGCUGGCGGGGGCGCUGGCGGGGGGCUGGUGCCUGCUGCGAGGGCGGGGCGAGGGCGGUGGCGGGGCCCGCCGGGGCUGCCUUUGGCCGGGCCUCCCUCCGCUGCACGCCGCCGUGCCCUCGCCGCCGCCCCCGCCGCCGCCCCCGCCGGGCUCCCCGCGCGCCACCUACAACUUCAUCGCCGACGUGGUGGAGCGGACGGCGCCGGCGCUGGUCUACAUCGAGAUCCUGGGCAGGCACCCGUUUUCUGGCCGGGAGGUGCCCAUCUCCAACGGCUCCGGCUUCGUGGUGUCUGCGGAUGGGCUGAUUGUCACCAAUGCCCACGUGGUGGCCAACCGGAAGCGGGUGCGGGUGCGCCUGGCCAGCGGGGAGCUCUAUGAUGCCGUGGUGAGGCAGGUGGACCAGGUGGCCGACAUUGCCACCAUCAAGAUCAACGCCAAGCGCCCACUGCCCACCCUGCCCCUGGGCCGUUCCUCUGAUGUGCGCCAGGGGGAGUUUGUGGUGGCCAUGGGCAGCCCCUUUGCCCUGCAGAACACCAUCACCUCAGGCAUCGUCAGCUCUGCCCAGCGGGGGGGCCGGGAGCUGGGCUUGGCGGCUUCGGACAUGGAGUACAUCCAGACAGAUGCAGCCAUUGACUUUGGAAACUCCGGGGGACCCCUCCUCAACUUGGACGGCGAGGUGAUUGGGGUGAACACCAUGAAGGUGACCCCCGGGAUCUCCUUCGCCAUCCCCUCCGACCGACUGAGAGCCUUCCUGGAGCAGGAGGAGAAGCGCAAGGACUCCUGGUUUGGCAGCACAGAUGGCAAGAGGCGCUACAUUGGGGUGAUGAUGUUGACCCUGACACCCAGUAUCCUGUCUGAGUUGAAGAUAAGGGAUCCUGCCUUCCCCGAUGUCUCCUACGGGGUCCUCAUCCACAAGGUCAUCAUUGGCUCUCCGGCACAUCAGGCAGGGCUCAAGGCAGGCGACGUGGUCAUGGAGAUCAACGGCCAGGCAUCCCGGAGGGCAGAGGACAUCUACGAGGCAGUGCGGAGCCAGAAGACCCUCACGCUGCUGGUCCGCCGUGGCUACGAGGCGCUGCUGAUGAACAUUGUCCCCGAAGUCACAGAGUAGGGGUGGGUGGGGGUCUUGGCAGGAAGAUGGACUUUGCCUUGAGCGUGGAGAGGACUGAUCCUGCCCUCUGUCCCCACAGAAAGAGGGGGGCCCAGCAGGUGUCGGGGGGCAGCUUGGUGGGUCUCGCUCUUCCGUGGUUGCGUGAUGUCUGCUGGGCGCUCUCCCUGACUUGGCAGGAAAGGCCCUUUUGGAGGGAGGGGGCAGCGCUUUCCUUUUCCCCUUUCCCCAUUGGCUAUUGACCUGUCCAGGCCUACGUUUUGUGGAGAGCAGGGGUCAUUCUCCUUGGUUGUGGUGCUGCGCAAACGGGCAUUGAA